AUGGCUAGCGCAGACGAGCUCAAAGCUCUAGGCAACAAGGCCAUUGCCGACAAGAAUUUUGAUGAUGCCAUUGACAAGUUUACUCAGGCCAUUGCCAUUCAACCCGAAAACCAUAUUCUUUACUCCAACAGAUCGGCGGCCUACGCUUCCAAGAAGGAGUGGGACUUAGCCCUGAAGGACGCCGAGAAGACGACCGAGAUCAAGCCGGAUUGGGCCAAAGGUUGGGGCCGUAAGGGUGCUGCUCUUCACGGUAAAGGGGAUUUGCUCGGUGCCAACGAUGCCUACGAGGAGGGCCUCAAGCACGAUGCUAACAAUGCCCAGCUGAAGAGCGGUCUGGCGUCUGUCGAAAAGGCCAUGCAGCAAGAGGCCGGUGGAUUCCCUGGUGCUGGAGGUGAUGACCCGGGGGCUGGGCUCUCGCGCAUGUUCAACGAUCCACAGCUUCUACAGAAGCUGGCGUCGAACCCCAAGACCAGCAGCUACCUAUCUGACCCUUCUUUCAUGGCCAAGCUGCAACAGCUGCAGAAGAACCCUCAAAUGACUACCGACAUGUUUAGCGACCCUAGAAUGAUUCAAGUGUUGGGUGUUAUGAUGGGAGUCGAUAUGGAAAUGAGAGACAGCGACCCUCGCGAACAGGGUGACGUGCGCAUGUCGGACGCUCCAGCCCCGGAGAGCAAUCCGGCGGCUGACCAAAAGAUGCCAGAUCUUGCACCCGAACCCGAAGAGCUCGAUGAGGAGGCUCUUGAGAAGCAGAAGGCCAAGGAAGAGGCUGAGAAAGAAAAGGCAUUGGGUACCGAGAACUACAAGAAGCGCAACUUUGACGACGCUAUCAAACACUACACCAAGGCUUGGGAGACAUACAAGGAUAUCACAUACCUCAACAACCUGGGUGCCGCGCUCUUCGAAAAGGGCGACUACGAUGCUUGCAUUGAGACGUGCAACAAGGCAAUCGAAGAGGGCCGCGAGAUAUAUGCCGAUUUCAAACUCAUUGCGAAGAGCUAUGCUCGUAUCGGAACAGCGUACGAGCGGAAGGGCGACUUGGCCAAGGCGAUCGAAAACUACAACAAAUCUCUGACCGAGCAUCGCACACCCGAUGUCCUCAACAAGCUUCGGGCGGCUGAGAAGUCCAAGACGGAAGCCGCCAAGGCUGCUUACAUUGACCCUGUAAAGGCUGAUGAGGCUCGUGAGGCCGGCAACAAGAAGUUCAAGGAGAGUGACUUUCCGGGAGCUGUUGCUUCUUACACGGAAAUGAUCAAGCGCGCUCCUGAUGACCCGCGGGGUUACAGCAACCGUGCUGCGGCCUUUAUCAAGCUGUUUGAGUUCCCAAGCGCUCUAGAAGAUUGCGACAUGGCCAUCAAGAAGGAUGUAUCAUUUAUUCGUGCGUACAUUCGCAAGGCACAGGCCUAUUUUGGUAUGCGCAAGUACUCGGAGUGCGUCGAUGCUUGCACGGAAGCUUCUGCGAUUGAUGCGGAACAUCACAAGGGCGCCAAUGCCCGCGAAAUCGAGCAGCAACAGCAAAAGGCCUUUUCAGCCAUGUACUCGGCUCGCGACAACGAGACGGAGGAGCAGACUCGUGAGAGGCUGCAGAAGGACCCCGAGGUCAUGAGCUUGAUGCAAGACCCCGUGAUGCAGUCGAUUCUGCAACAGGCCCAGUCCAACCCCAUGGCUCUCCAAGAGCACAUGCGCAACCCGAGUGUGCGCACCAAGAUUCAAAAGUUGAUUGCCGCUGGCGUAAUUCGUGUUGGACGAUAA